AUGCAGCCCACAGAGAUCAUCGCCAUCUUGGCCGGAACGUACCAGCUGCUCAACACAUCGGCUACGCGCGAUGGAGUGCCAGUAGAAGACAGAACGUACGGCUCCAACCCGGUCGGCAUUCUUUCCUACAGCAAGUCCGGCUAUAUGUCGGCCACGAUCACAUCGACGGACCCCGAGCACCGACCCGCGAACUUGACAUUUCCCUUCCAAGACGGCCAGUCCGACGCCGACUGGGCCCAGAUCGGCAAGCACAGCAUCGGAUACGCCGGUCCGUUCUCGCUCACCGACGCCAUCGAGGCCACCGCCACCUCCGGCCAGCUCGUCCACGGCCCCCUGACCGUUGCAAACGUUCCUACCAUGGUAGGAGUCAGGCAAGUACGCAACUACACGACCUUUGAAAACGGGAACCUGCUCCGCAUCUCCUCCCAGAGAGACGGCAGCAACAGGGGCGAGCUUUGGUGGAAGCGGUUGGAUUGA